AUGGGAUCAUCGAUAUCCCCUGCCGCCAUCGCCGACACCGUCAUCGGCGGGAUAGCUGCUCUCGGCCUCGGCCUCGCUCUGGUACUGUGGCUUCACCGCAAAAGCCAGCGCGAUAGAAAGGCAGCGGCUUUGCCGGAGCCAAGGCCACAGGAACCUCCUGCGUCUGUUUUUAAUCAUACAUCAACCGCCUUAUCUCCCGCGCAGGCUAUGAUACCCAAGGAAACCGUGCCGCCUGCUACCUCUUCCGGCAAUACACCAAACAUCACCCCUUCUCCUGCCGCGCAGAUCACACAGCCCUAG